AUGCAAAAGAUGCUCACUCGCGAGAAAAGCGACUACGGUCGAAAAGUUUAUGAAAAGGCUGUUAUUGAAAAGAGGCAGAUGGCGGUGGACAGGUGCGAGACCCAAGAGGCUCGCGAACGCGAAGCCGAGGCGACGCCGGUCGUACGCACACUCACUCUCAACCAUGGCGAACAUCAGGAUGCCACACUUUACAGAAUCUGCUUAAAUUUCGGUCCAAAUUUGGCCAUGGUAAACAUUGUCUUGUCUAUUUUCAGAUUCGACAAAGGUUACCAUCUGCAGUUCUGUCCAGGACCGAGUUUGCUCGGUCGAAAAGUAUUCGUUUAUACAAAUUAUGUAGUUUCGGAAAAUCAGAAGACUGAACAGGACAAAUUUGUUCGAAAUCAAUACUAUGGAUUGGAGUGGAAGAGCCAAGAAGGGGGCGAAGCCCUUGGGUCUGGUCUAUUGAUCGAUGACAGUGACGUCUAUUGCGAGAUACGUUUAGCACGCGCCGGAUCUUUCCACUACUACUUCGUAUAUGACAGUCCGGAGUCGCGCGUGGGCCCUCAGGGUUCGGGCUGGUUCCACGUGGCGCCCACGUUGAGCGCGGGGGGCGUGUCCGUGCCGCUGGACGGCGUCAUGUGUCAGACCGUGCUGGCCAAGUGCCUCGGUCCGUUACCGCGCUGGCUCAACGUUUUGAGGGUUGCUCACGAGGCCGGCUUUAAUAUGGUCCACUUUACUCCAGUACAGGAGCUAGGAGCCUCAAAUUCAAGCUACAGUAUCGCAAAUCAGUUGCGCCUAGAUCCGCGAUACAACGACGUGAACUCUGGGCGCGAAGUGACCUUUGCGGAUGUCGAAAAUAUCGUUGCUAAAAUGCGGAAUGAUUGGAAGAUGCUGUCAAUAUGCGACGUGGUGCUGAAUCACACGGCAAACGAGACGGCCUGGCUGACGGAGCACGGCGAGGCCACGUACAACUGUCAGUCGUGCACGCAUCUACGCCCCGCCGCGCUGCUGGACGCGCUGCUGGCGGCCCUCACGCGUGAUGUGGCGCGCGGCGCGCUCGAGCCGCACGUGCCGCGCCGCGUCACCGCGCACGAACACAUCGAGGCGAUACGUGACAUACUCCAGACUCAGCGAAUACCAGAGGCGAAAAUACACGAAAUGUUCAUAUGUGAUGUUGACGACAUCGUUCAAAAGUUCUACUACUUGGCGCGUAAUAAGGUUCCGCCGGUAAAAGGUGUACCAGAAGGGACAAAGGACGCAUUGAAAUUAAUACCUGAUCCUCAACGAAGACGCUUGGCAGCCACUAUUGACCUUGACCUUGCACUCCAGAUCUAUAACGUAUACAGGUCGGACUGCUACGAUGAGGAAUCACGGUUAAAGAAAUCCUGUGAGGAGUUGAGGCGACAUUUGGAGCAACUAAAUGAGGCGCAAGCCGAUAUCGUUCGCGACCAUCUCUGCGCUGCCGUUGAAAACUGUGUGGCGGGGAUGAGGUAUUUCCGCCUUCAGGCCGACGGACCGAAGAUAGAAGAGGUUAGCCUCAAAAAUCCAUUAGUUCCAAGUUACUUCACAUUCCCUGGACCGUUGGGCACGCUGGCAGAGAUGGAGGCGGUGAUCUACGGUGAACAAGGGCGGUUGGUGAUGGCCCAUAACGGAUGGGUGAUGAAUGCGGACCCGCUGCAGGAUUUCGCAGCCCGGGAACAUGAUGGCCGUGUCUAUAUCCGUCGCGAGCUCAUCGCGUGGGGGGACAGCGUCAAAUUGAGGUACGGCGACAAGCCAGAAGACAGUCCGUUCCUGUGGGCGCACAUGAGAGAGUACGUCGAGUUGACGGCUGAAGUGUUCGAUGGAGUUCGUCUUGAUAACUGUCAUUCGACACCGUUGCACGUGGCAGAGUACAUGUUGGACUGUGCUAGAAAUAUUAAGCCGGAUCUUUAUGUUGUGGCAGAACUUUUCACGAAUUCAGACCAUGUCGACAACAUCUUUGUGAACCGCCUAGGCAUCACUUCGCUUAUACGAGAGGCGCAGAGCGCGUGGGACGGGCGCGAGCAGGGCCGCCUGCUGCACCGCUUCGGCGCGCGCGCCGUCGGCGCCUUCACGCGCGCGCGCGCCCGCGCCGCCACGCCGCGUGUGGCGCACGCCGCGCUGCUCGACCUCACGCACGACAACCCCGCGCCCGCCGAGCGCAGGAGCGUGUUUGACAUGUUGCCAACGGCUGCUUUAGUGGCGAUGGCGAGUUGCGCCACCGGCAGUACUCGGGGCUACGAUGAGCUUGUGCCGCAUCAUAUCCACGUGGUGGACGAGGCGCGGCUGUACGCGGAGUGGGGCGAGGGCGAGAGCGCGGUGGGGCGCGGCGCCGGCCUGCUGGCGGCCAGGCGGGCGCUCAACGCGCUGCACGCCGAGCUGGCGGCCGCGGGCUACAGCGAGGUAUAUGUUGACCAAAUGGACCCAGAUAUCGUGGCUGUGACAAGACACGAUCCUCAAUCGAGAAAGUCAGUCAUAUUAGUCGCGUAUACUGCGUUCAGCCCACCUGAGCCAUCUUUCGGUGGUCGCUACGUGAAGCCGCUGCAGUUUGAGGGACAGCUCGAUGAGAUUAUACUCGAGGCCACGCUGAAACAUAAGGAUUACAGCGCGUUCACCCGUCACCCGCAGUACAUCAACGGGCUGGACGAGUACGAGGCGCACGUGCGCGGCGCCGUGCCGCUGGCGCAGUCGGGCGUGUUCGCGGGCGAGCGCCGCGAGGGGGCGCUCACGGUGCUGGAGUUCCGAGCGCUCACUCCCGGCACAGUAGUGGCGCUGCGCGUGUCUCCUCACCCCCCUCAGGCAGCCGCGAUCGCGACUCUACGGCGUACGGUGGACGCAAUAAACGCGGGCCGCGGCGACCCACUGGGUCUUACACCCGCACUAGCUGACCUCGACUUAGCCGACUUCAACGUACUACUCUACUGCUGCGAGCCCGAGGAGCGAGAACGUACAGAUGGCGGUACCUACGACGUACCCGGACACGGCCCGCUCGUAUACGCCGGACUCCAAGGCAUAAUGUCGUUACUGGAUGAGGUAGCGCCUCGCGACGACCUCGGCCAUCCGCUAUGCGACAAUUUACGCGCCGGGGACUGGUUGCUCGAGUACCAGUGGCGCCGCCUCGAAAACGAGCCGCGCCUAAGCGCCGUGGCGGCGCGUUACCGAGAAGCGCUGAGGCCGGUGAGCGAGCUGCCCCGCUUCCUAGUGCCGGCCUACUUCGAGGCGAUCAUCCGCGGGCUGUACGCCGGCGUGUCGGGCGGGGCGCUGGCCCGGUUGGGCGGGGCGGGGCGUGGCGGGGGGCUGUCGCGUGCGCUGGCGCUGACCAGCGUCCAGCUGAGCGCGGCGCUGCCCUCGGCGCGCCUGCCGGCUCUGUCGCCGGCGCUGCCGCCGCCCCGCCUGCCCCGCCCCGUGUCGCUGUCGGCGGGCCUGCCGCACUUCGCCGUGGGCUACAUGCGCUGCUGGGGCCGGGACACCUUCAUCGCGCUGCGCGGUCUCUACCUGCUCACCGGACGGUAUCAGGAAGCUCGAUACCACAUUCUCGGCUUCGGCGCUUGUCUCAGACACGGCCUCAUACCGAACUUGCUCGAUGGAGGUCGAAACGCUCGCUUCAAUUGUCGCGAUGCCGUUUGGUGGUGGUUGCAGAGUAUCAAACAGUACUGCACCGAGGCGCCGCAGGGCUACGCUCUGCUGACGGACCCCGUGUCGCGGAUCUUCCCCACGGACGACAGCGAGCCCGCGCCGCCCGGGGCCGUCGACCAGCCGCUCCACGACGUCAUUCAGGAGGCUCUCGAUGUGCACUUCCAGGGCCUCGUGUUCCGCGAACGCAACGCCGGCCGUCAGAUCGACGCGCACAUGACCGACAAGGGGUUCAACCUUCAAAUCGGCAUCGACCCCGAGACCGGCUUCCCGUUCGGGGGCAACGACGCCAACUGCGGCACGUGGAUGGACAAGAUGGGCUCGUCGGAGGCGGCGGGCACGCGCGGCCGGCCCGCCACGCCGCGCGACGGCAGCGCCGUGGAGCUGGCGGCGCUGGCGCACAGCGCGGCGGCGUGGCUGGCGGCGCUGCACCGCGCCGGCCGCUACCCGCACGCCGGCGUGGCGCGGCGCCACCGCGACGGCGCGCGCACGGCCUGGAGCUUCGCGCAGUGGGCCGAGCGCAUCCGCCGCGCCUUCGAGCGCCACUUCUGGGUGCCCGCCGCGCCCUCCGCCGCCGACGCGCGCCCCGACCUCGUGCACCGCCGCGCCAUCUACAAGGACACGCACGGCGCCUCGCAGCCCUGGGCCGACUACCAGCUGCGGUGCAACUUCGCGGUCGCGAUGGCGGUCGCGCCGGAACUCUUCGAUCCGAAGCACGCGUGGCUCGCGCUCGACAACGUGGAGCGACUGCUGCUCGGGCCGCUCGGCGUGAAGACUCUCGACCCGGCCGACUGGGCGUACCGCGGGGAUUACGACAAUUCGAAUAACGGCACCGACCCGACCGUCGCCCACGGCUUCAACUACCACCAGGGGCCCGAGUGGGUGUGGCCGAUCGGUUUCUACUUGCGGGCGCGCCUCGCCUUCGCCCACGAGAACGGCCAGUACGCGAAGACGAUCGCGGCGGUGUACGCGGCGCUCGGGCCGCUGCUGGAGGAGGUGCGGUCGUCGCCGUGGCGCGGCCUGCCCGAACUGACGAAUGCGGGCGGCGCAUACUGCCGUGACUCGUGCCGCACGCAAGCGUGGAGCUCCGGCUGCGUGCUGGAGGUGCUGGAGGAGCUGCGGCGCGUGCGGCGCGCGCGGCCGCUGCCCGCCGACUGA